UCUGCCAAUCUAAUAUUUACAGAGCUUCCGUUAUACCCCGUUGUGCUUUCGCUCGCAUUCCAUCUUUCUGCCGCCCCUCACUCUCUUCUCCGACGUCUCAGAGCUAUCACCAUUAAAGCUUCUCUCUCCUCGGGGCAAGGGACAGCAAUCAAUUCCUGCAAAUUGAAACAAGUUGAAAGCUUCUGCUUUCCCAGCUCACUGUUAGGGAGAUCACAACGGACUAAAUAGACAACAUGUGGAGGCGAGUAGUGUCCUCAUCAUCGGCUCAGCUUCAAACUCUUGCCUCACCCCCAUGCAGAUCCAGCCGUCCAUUCCUCAUAUAUUCAUCAUCUUCCUCGGCAAUGGCACCGUUUCAGGGAUCCUUUACUCUGUCAUCCUUCCACACUUCUUUCGCUUCCUCCUCUAGUUCUGCAUUUGCUACAAAUCAUGAGCAUGAUGAAGUUGAAUCCGAGUUUGAGGGAAGGAACACUACAUCCAGGCAGAGUGCAACAUACAGUGGGUAUUACGGUCAAAAUAAUCAGCAGUGGCAACAGAACCCAAAUGUGGUUUAUGCUGAUAGUUCAAGGGCUCCCCAGCAGAGCUCAAAUCAGUUUAGUCAGAAUUACAGCGGGGGUUUCAAGGGAAGCACAGGCAAUGAAUUUGUGAAUAACCCAGUUCAACAAAGUGGAAACUUUAGUGGGUAUCAUGGGCAUGAAAAUGGAAGGUUUCAGCAAACCACCCAACAAAAUUGGAAACAAUUAGGAAAUGGAAGUAUGCAGCAGAAUUCAUACAUGGCUCGCCAGGAAAGGCCAAGGGAAGUGGGACAGAUUCCAGAUGGUUUUAACUCACAAAUCAAUUCAGGAUCUCAGGGAAGCAUAAGCCGCAGUUCUAUGCACAACUCUGCAGAAUAUCAGCAAAAUACAAUCAGUUAUAACAGAGGGAUCAGUUCUGCACAAAAGCAGCAAAAUUUAAGUGAUUAUUACAAAGAUAAUGGACAGUAUCAGCAGAGUGUUGGUUAUGGACAGUAUCAGUCAAGCUCACACGUCGGCGAAUAUCAGCAAACCCCAAAUGUUGGACAAUAUCAGCAAACCCCCCAGGUUGGACAAUAUCAGCAAAGCCCACAGGCUGGACAACCAGCUGAGGCUUCUGAAAGUAACCCUAAUAGUGUUAAGGGUACUCUUGAAGAGUUGGAUUUGUUUUGCAAGGAGGGGAAAGUUAAGGAGGCUGUGGAGGUCUUGGAUCUGCUGGAGAGACAGCAUUUGCACGUGAACUUGGACAGAUAUUUACAGUUGAUGCAUGCGUGUGGGGAGGCUAUAGCUCUCGAAGAAGCAACAUCUGUUCAUGAAAAGAUGAGAUUACUGUUUCCUUUGGAAGUGAGCACCUACAACAGAAUUUUAGAGAUGUAUUCAAAAUGUGGUUCUAUGGAGAAUGCAUUAAUGGUUUUCAAUGAUAUGCCGAAGCGCAAUAUGACGUCUUGGGACAUUAUGAUAACAUGGCUUGCUAGGAAUGGUCAUGGGGAAGAUGCCAUUGAUCUAUUUACUCAGUUCAAGAAAGCAGGGCUGAAACCUGACAGUCAAAUGUUUAUUGGGGUUUUCCAUGCUUGUAGUGUUGUGGGAGAUGCUGAUGAAGGAUUACUGCAUUUUGAAUCAAUGAGCAAAGAUUAUGGCAUUGUCCCAACCAUGGAUCAUUAUGUGAGUGUAGUAGAUAUGCUCGGAUCUAUCGGUUUGCUGGAUGAGGCUUUGGAGUUCAUUGAAAAAAUGCCAUUGGAACCUAAUGUUGAUGUUUGGAAAACCUUGAUGCAUUUUUGCAGAGUUCAUGGGUACUUGGAGCUUGGGGAUCGUUGUGCUGAGCUAGUUGAUCAGCUAGAUCCCUCCUGCUUAAAUGAGCAAUCAAAGGCUGGCCUGGUUCCUGUGAAUGAAUCAGACCUCGUAAAGGAGAAAGAGAAGAAACAAUUAGCAGCAAAGAAUCUUUUAGAAAUCAGGAGUCGAGUCCAUGAAUAUAGAGCAGGAGACAGAUCUCAUCCUGAUAAUGAGAAGUUUUACACUCUACUUAGGGGUUUGAGGGAACAAAUGAAGGAGGCUGGUUACAUUCCAGAGACUAGAUUUGUGUUGCAUGACAUAGAUCAGGAAGGCAAGGAAGAUGCUUUGCUUAGCCAUAGUGAGAGACUUGCUGUUGCUGAUGGUCUCCUCGCCAGCUCAGCUCGUUCACCUAUUAGGGUAAUCAAGAAUCUUCGUGUUUGUGGUGAUUGCCACUCUGCGUUAAAGAUCAUUUCCAAAAUUGUAGGUAGAGAACUUAUUAUGCGAGAUGCUAAGAGGUUCCACCAUCUCAAAGAUGGCAAGUGCUCUUGCAAUGAUUAUUGGUGAACAAUUGAAUUUUAGUUAUUGUUUAUCUCAGGUAUUAUUCAGAUCUCUCUAAGCUUGCAUCGGAAGAGAAUAACUUUUUUUGUUUUCCUCUACACUAGUGAAAUACUGGGUAUAUAUCUUACUUUUCCUGCUUUAACCUGAGAGAGAGCUGCAGCCCUCCAGAGAAUAUAAUGUUGGUGUCAAAACAAAAGAAACAAAUAUGUUUCACUUCAUCUUGAAGAUUUCUACGGGCUCAGAAAGCUCUUACAAAUGUAGAGCAUACGACAUGUUUGAAUUUUUGGAGAGGAUAUUCACUCCUACAGCAGGCCAGUUUCAUAAAUUCUCCGAAAUCAGUUUGCUGUUACACGUCCUUUGCAGAGGGGUUGCUGAGUUGCUGCACUCCUCCAUUUGUACUCCUAUUUUUUCUUUUUUCUUGUCUGAACUAUAAGUAGACAAGGCAGAUGGAAAUUAUAUGUGUAUGUUGUACAAUAUGAUCAUUUUGUAGAAUGAAUAGUUGAAGAUUUUGGAUU